AUGGCGACGACUCUGGGAGCUUUCGUAGCUGGCGGCAUAGCAGCGUGUGGUGCCGUGACAGCAACCCAUCCAUUCGAAACAGUCAAGAUUCGUAUGCAAUUGCAGGGCGAGCUUCAAGAGAAGGGAUUACAACCUCGUAUGUACCGCGGGCCCAUCCAUGGCGUGUCGGUUAUCGUUCGCAAUGAGGGAGUACGGGGCAUAUACAGGGGAAUCGGCGCGGCAUAUAUCUACCAGAUGAUCCUCAAUGGAUGCAGAUUAGGUUUCUACGAACCUAUACGGCAGACCAUUACCUCCUCGAUAUUCACGGAUAAGACGACACAGAGUUUGGGAGUCAAUAUAUUUGCGGGCGCAAGUUCUGGGAUUCUGGGCGCUGCGGCAGGAAGUCCGUUCUUCCUGGUCAAGACUAGGUUACAGAGUUUCUCGCCUUUCGCGCCAGUGGGAACGCAGCACGCAUAUAAAAAUGCUGUGGAUGGAAUGAGGCAGAUAUACAAGGGGGAGGGCGCAAAAGGGCUUUACAGAGGGGUUGGUGCUGCUAUGGUACGGACAGGAUUUGGAAGUUCGGUCCAAUUGCCUACAUAUUUCUUUGCAAAGAGAAGAUUAGUAAAGCACUUGGGUAUGGACGAAGGACCGGCAUUACAUUUAGCUAGUAGUACAGCGAGUGGUUUCGUUGUGUGUUGCGUGAUGCACCCGCCAGAUACUAUCAUGUCUCGGAUGUAUAACCAAAAUGGUAACCUCUACCAAGGUGUCUUCGACUGUCUUGCAAAGACUGUCAAGACCGAGGGGCUGCUUGCCAUAUAUAAAGGAUUCUUGCCUCAUCUGGCAAGAAUUUUACCUCAUACCAUCUUAACCCUGAGCUUGGCGGAGCAAACCAACAAGCUCAUGCGCAAGUUCGAGAACAAAGUCCUUCCUGCAAAUAUCAAAGACCAAGUUUAA